AUGGAGAAAGCAGUGGAGGCACCGAAUGAUAUACAGAGUGAAGAAACUGAAGCUAUAGAGCUUAUUCUCUUUCAAGUCUCUGAAUGCUAUGUUUAUUUGAUACCUCCGAGGAAAAGUGCUGCUUCUUACAGGGCUGACGAAUGGGAUGUCAACAAAUGGGCCUGGGAAGGGACUUUGAAAGUCAUUAGCAAGGGUGAAGAGUGCAUUAUCAGACUUGAAGAUAAAACCACAGGUGAAUUAUAUGCACGGGCAUUUUUGAGAAAGGGGGAGCUACAUCCAGUGGAACCUGUAAUUGAUAGCAGCAGGAGAUUAGGUGAGUGGAAGGGAGAGAAAGAGACGGGGAGGCGGGGUGGGGACCCCAUUCACUGUGGUCGCCUUAGGCAUGCAUUUAUUGGCAUAGGAUUUAGAGAAAGAACAGAGGCUUAUGACUUCCAGGCAGCACUGCAUGAUCAUAUGAAAUAUCUGGACAAGAAGAAAACCGCAGAAGAGAUGGAACAGCAUUUUCAGACAACUUCCUCAGUUGAUUACAGUUUAAAAGAAGGGGAAACUCUUGUACUCCAAAUAAAAAACAAACCUAGUGGUAGUGUGAAGUCCAAGUUUUUUGAGCAGGGUUUGAACAAUGUGUCAUUGGAGGAGAAGAGUGAUCGAAAAGAACCCUUGCUUAGCAUCAGACCACCUCCACCUCCCCCAGCACCGCUUUCACCUGCUACGAGUGUGCAGAAUUCUCCAUCAAACUUGCCACCAAAAAUUACCCUUGAUGGGACUUCUACUGAAAAAUCCCCAAGCUUGUCUGAGGAUGAAGCAGAGCAACAGCAUUUGCCUGACAACGAAAGCACACAAGAUAUACAAGAUGAUGAUUUUGGAGAUUUUCAAACAGCUGGGUGA